AUGUCAUCAAAAGCAUCCUCAGGGAAAGGGAAUGCCAAAAACAAAAAUGCAAAAGCAGGAGAAAAAACGGAGGCUGACAUUAUUCAAGAACAAAAGGAGGAAAUUAAAAAACUGAAACUUCGAAUUGAAACAUUGGAACGAUACAUGGUGUUGCGAUCGGAACAAACACAGAAAGCAAGAGCUUCAGAAAUGGAGAUGAAAUCUAAACUUUCUCAACUCGAUGAAGAUUUUGAGAAGGAAAAGAUGGAACGAUUUCAUAUCGCUUCCGAUAUGAUUCGUCAAUACAAGGCUCUCCAAAAAACCUUAAUCGAAAAGUUGAAUGCAAGUGAACAAAAGAAUACAUCACUGGCAGAUCAGUUGCAUCUGGCAAAGGUGGCACUCCAUGAAGUGAAAAAAGAAAAGGAUCAAAUCAUUGAAAUGAAACAACGAGAAAUUGAAGAACAACGUCAAAAGAUGCAAAGUAUGGUUGUUGAGUUUAGUAACAUGUUAAAAGAAACAUUGGCCAAAAUGGGAAAUACUAUUCAACAAGAGAAAGAGUUCCAAGAUGAUUCAACAUAUAAUUUAGUGAAUAAUUCAAGACUGUUAGAUUUCAUUCCGCCAGAAAUGAUUCAAAAUUUGAAAAUGCAGGCCAAUGCACCACCACUACCAUCCACUUCUCAUCCAACCAUCACAACUUCCAAGUAA